AUGGCUGGCGUCUGGUACCUCCGGGCCAUGUACCUGGGUCUGCAGAGCCGCUGGCAUGGGGAGCAACUGAGGCGCCACUUUUACUGGCGCAUGAUGUUCGAGAGCGCUGACAUCAGCAUGCUGCGCCUGCUGGAGGCCUUCCUGAAGAGCGCCCCACAACUUGUGCUACAGCUCAGCAUCAUGGUCCUCCAGAAGCACAUCGAGGCCCUGCAGGGUCUCUCAGCCUCAGCCUCACUGGUGUCGCUGGCCUGGAUAAUCGCUUCUUAUCAGAAGGUGCUUCGGGACUCAAGGGACGACAAGCGAGCCAUGUCCUACAAGGGGGCGAUAGUCCAGAUCCUCUGGCACCUCUUCACCAUAGCUGCUCGAGUCUUGGCCUUUGCACUCUUUGCCAGCAUCUACCAGCUCUACUUUGGCAUCUUCAUUGUUGCCCACUGGUGUGUCAUGACCUUCUGGGUCAUCCAGGGAGAGACAGACUUCUGCAUGUCCAAGUGGGAGGAGAUCAUCUACAACAUGGUGGUGGGCAUCAUCUACAUCUUCUGCUGGUUCAACGUCAAGGAGGGACGCAGCCGCUUCCGGAUGUCCAUCUACUACUGUAUUGUCCUGGUGGAGAAUGCUGCGCUGACGGGCUUCUGGUACCAGAACCACAACUUCCCCACUGACUUCAGCGCCUUAAUCAUGGUGUGCGUGGUGGCUGCUAGCUUUGCCCUGGGCAUCUUUUUCAUGCUUGUCUAUUAUUGCCUCCUGCACCCUAAUGGGCCCAUGUUUGGUCCCCAGGCUCCCGGGGGCAUCUUUCCUGAGGCUGUGGGUGCUGGCCCUUCUGGUCCCUCUGCUGAUGCAGUUACCAACCCUCCGCGGUCUCUGCCCCGGACUACAGGUGGAGAGCGAGAUGGGGUCCCUGGAGACCGGGACAGUGGUGCACCAGCGGUGUUCCAAGUCCGGCCCAGCCUCCCAGCCACACCAGUGGCCCGUACCACCCGGACAGAGGGGCCUGUGAUCCGAAUAGACCUGCCCCGAAAAAAGUAUCCAGCAUGGGAUGCCCACUUUAUAGACCGCCGGCUUCGUAAGACCAUUCUGGCACUUGAGUAUUCAUCCCCAGCUACCCCUCGCUUGCAAUACCGAAGCAUGGGGGCUUCCCGGGAGCUGCUGGAAUAUGAGACCACAGUGUAG